AUGUUCACAUCUCAGACCGCAGGAAAGUCUGUUGACAGCCUUUCGCCGCUCUCACCUGGGACUCGGCCUGAGCUGCCACUGCACAGCAUCCGACCUGGCCAGGGGUAUUUCCCCGCGGCAUCAAGACGAAGCUCAACGGCAAGCUCCGUACACUCGAUAGCUGGGACCCUGGACACCUCGGCUGGAGUUGCUGUGAAUUCAGUCUAUGAAACUGGGCGAAAUGCCAUAUCAACGCUAUUGCAGCCGCCCAUCGUACGAACAGGCCUUCAACCUCAUACAUCAGCGCCGUCGUCGAGCUCGCAUAAACCUCCGACUGCAAGAGACAUUCCUCCCGUCUCGCUGACAAACAUUCCUAUAAUCGAUGCCGCCGAGUUCAGUCCCUAUCUUGCGCAAGUUGGCACCCUGUACGAACAGCUGCGACGAGUCAAAGACAGCGAGGACGAGGCUGUCGGUAUCCGCCGCGGCAGUAAGGCUCAUGCGUCAUUAGAUGCUGGUUCGGACACGCUUCUGCGGCCCACAGGCAAAUCUCACCGUAGAGCGUCGACCGCCUCUAUUGCUUCGCUUGCGUCCAUCGAGGCGCCGAGCCCUUCUCGCAGACUGAGCUCCGGUUUCGCAAGAAGAGCUCUCCAGGGUCCAGCCCCUCUAUCGACCAUUCCGACAGUAUACUUUGACGACGACUUUCAUCUCGAAAACCCCCGGACAUUCGAUGUCGUCAGUGAGCGUUCAGAAGUAAUUCGCCCCCCGUCGUCAGGUACGGAUUCCACAACCGCACCAGCUCCGAGAAAGGCGUUGGCCACGAAUGCCAUCCUGCAAGAGAAGCUCUCUUGGUACAUGGACACUAUCGAGGUCCACCUAAUCAACUCGAUAUCUGCUGCUUCCACAACUUUCUUCACCGCACUCGGCUCUUUAAAGGAACUUCACUCUGAAGCUGCCGAAUCUGUGGAUAAAAUAACAACGCUGCGACAGGAGCUUCGAGCCUUGGACGAAGAGGUGGCGACCAACGGAUUGCUCAUUGCUCAAAAGCGCCGUCGGCGGGAGAACCUACGUCAGCUGCAUGAUGCUGUGGCGCAGCUGCGCCUUGUGGUGGACGGCGUCGCCAAAUGCGAGUCUAUGGUCGAUGCCGGCGACGUUGACCAAGCGUUAUCGAGCAUCGAUACGUUGGAAAAGCUCAUUGCUGGGGAGCGUGAGGAAGCAGAUAAAAUCCCAGCGCUUGGCGCCAUGGCGCUUCGCGAUUUGAGAGGAGCCUCGGCGCUGCAAGGAAUCAAUCAGGACCUGAGCACUCUACGCUUCAGGGCUGGAAAGGCAUACGAGUCACAGUUCAUCAGCCUGCUGCUCGCCGACCUGCGUCGGCACGCGAGUUCCGUUUCUGCCUCGGACGUGCUCCUGCGGUGGAGCAACGCUGUGUCGAGACAAAGAGGGGGUAACCAUUCUCGCUCGCCAUCUAUGUUCCCCACGUAUCUGGCCUCAACGGAGGAACUCAAGUCUCAGAUCCUGCCCAACAUGAGGGGGCUGCAUCGUGCUAGAUGCGUCGUGACGGCGGCUCUGGCGUAUCGAGAUACUGUCCUCCGUGAGGUUCGCAACCUGGUUCGACGUCCGCUCCCGAGCUCAAACGACGAGGACAACGAGUCCAUGUUGUCGGUGUCUACAACAAGCGGCAGCCGACAUUUAUCCAGCCAAGAGAAAUCUGCCAACUUGGCGAGGAACCUUCGCGCCUUGGACCCCGAAGACGCGGAAGAGCUCCUUGUCAAGGUAUAUGUUGGGGUUGCAGAGACGCUGAGGCGGUUGACGACCCAGGUCAAGGUCUUGCUGGAUGUGGCAAGCUCUCUGUCCAACCCGGCGCAGCAGCCCGACGGAGCAAGAUCGCCUUCUGCCAGGUCACCGGUUGCCAGCCCUCUCCCCGAUCGUCACGCCGCCAAUCCCAUGAACGACGUCGACAUGGAGCUACAGCAAGAGCUCCACAAGAGCUUGGAGAUGAAUAACCUCUUGACGCAGGCGGUCGAUGUUGCCAACGAAAAGAUUGUCAAGAUUCUCAGAAUCCGGACCGAGCAAGCCACCAACCUGCCCUUGGUCUUCUUCCUCCGCUACUUCACCCUAAACUUGUACUUUGCCAAUGAGUGCGAGGCCAUCUCGGGUCGCAGCGGCACAUCGCUCAAGACGGUGGUCAACGGUCACAUCAAAGAUUUUGUGCAGAGAUAUCGCGACGCGGAAAUGCAAAAGCUGGCUCAGGGGAUGGAGGCUGAUCAAUGGAACGCAAAGGACUUUACAGACAGCGACUCGCGUCUGCUGGGAUUGAUUCUGGGGUCGAGCACCAACGACGACGACUCCGUGUGGACUGGAAACAGCAAGAUAUGGAUCCCCCGCCACGAGGCAGAAAAGCUGACCGUGACGACGACGGCCGAAACCGCCGAGGCGAACGGGACAAACGGGACGAGCAAGGACAAGAUACGAUCCGCCGUGAUUGAAUCGGAAAAGUUUAUCCUGCCCAACUCUGCGAGGCUCUGCCUGGACGGCAUAGGCAACUUCAUGCACCUCAUGGCGGGCAUCCCAUCCAUGACGACGGAUGUCGCCUCGUCGCUGCUUGCAUACCUGCAAGUGUUCAAUUCGCGAUGCACGCAGUUGAUCCUCGGCGCGGGCGCUACUCGCUCCGCGGGCCUGAAGAACAUCACGACCAAGCACCUUGCCCUGGCGUCGCAAGCACUGUCCUUUGUGGCCACGUUGGUCCCUCACGUGCGGGAGUUUGCGCGAAGCCGGGCGGGUUCAGGAGCUGCCGUGUCGGGCCUCAUGGGGGAGUUUGACAAGGUGCGCCGGCUGCUGCAGGAACACCAGAGCAGCAUCCACCAAAAGCUGGUCGACAUUAUGAGCGGGCGUGCUGCCGUCCACGCCAAGAGCUUGAGGGCCAUUGACUGGGAUAGCGCCGACGGCGGAGCCGCUCACCCUUGCAUGGAGAUUCUUGUCAAGGAAACAUGCACGCUGCACCGUGUGCUCACGAAACAUCUUCCGGAGACGUCUAUACAUGCGAUUAUGACGCCCGUCUUUGCUAGCUACAAGGAACAGCUGGGGGUUCCGCUAAGAGAGGCGGCCCCCAAGACCGAGGCUGGUCAACAAUGUAUGCUACGAGACGUGGAGUUUUUGGCGUCUCGUUUAUGCAAGAUUGAAGGGUUCGGGGAUGCGGGAGACUACCUGACUGCUAUUGUCAAGUCGAAAGCGGUGAAGGCGUCUCCGAGUGCAGAGGACGUUGCGGCGGUCCGAGAUGACGAGGCGGCCGGCGCCUCUGUGAAGGAGGGAAAAGAGGAAGCAGCAGCAGCAGCAGCAGCAGCAGCACAGGAGAUGGGCGCCGGAGGUGCUCCAGCAGCGUCAGCGGCAGCAGUAGAGACGCAAGGCAGCAAGGCCUCGAAAGAGGGCCAGUAA